AUGAGCGAUGAGGAUCACAAGCUCACCGUCGAAACAGAAACGGUAGAAGCACCCGGUGAAAGUCUUUUACCAUCGACAAUUCAACCACAGAGCAUAACGACUAAUGAGAAUUCCAAUGAAAAUGGGAAUAUGGAUUACGAUAAUAUUACGACAGCUACGACAAUGACAGGGAUGAAUAACAGUAAUAAUAAUGUGAACGAUAAUAAUAAUGUUUCUGGUAUUUCUAACAAUAACGUCAAUUCUACUAAUAGCAAUAUGAACAGUAAUGCUAACAACGGUAGUAGUAAUGCUAAUACUAAUAUGAGCACGAAUGGUUCAACAGCGUUUAGAGACAUUUCACCUGCACAUUUUGCAGCUGCGCACGCAGCUGCUCAUGCAGCGACAUCUACACAUCAGCCUUCGUCGGCUACAGAGGCCAAUUUUAAUCUUAUAGAUCAUAAUCCAUUAUCGCCACAUGCGAUUCAGUCCUUGAAGAACAAGAAGAGUUCACUUUUAAUUAAUAAUGAUGGUAAGAAAGAAAGUUUACCCAACAAUGGUAACUUGAGUACGUCUGAACUGUCGAGAAGAAGUAGGAAUGACGACUUGGAACCUUCGCAGAUGGCUGCUGGAGGGCAGCAAGAUCAAAGGGUUCCGCAAUCUUCACAUUCCGCAAAGGCAGCAACAGCACCACCUGCACCGCCAAAACAAAAUGCCAAUUUAGCGGGGCCUCCAAUGAUCCAAAGGCCAUCACUGCCGUUGAUGAAUUCAAGGGAAAUUUUAUUGGAAAACGAAAAGCAAAAGAGCGGCGGUUGUAAACCAAAGGAAAGUAAAGAACCUGAAAGGGCACCAACAAAUCCAACAAAUUCUCACACCGACAAUGUAGCAGCCUCAGCCCACAACGAGGAGGAUACAGAUUCGUUGCAUAAGCCAACAAAGGCAGAUUUCUUUGCGGCUAGACUGGCGUCAGCUGUCGGUGAAAAUGAUAUUAGCGAUUCUGAGGAGACUUUUAUUUAUGAAAGUGCAGCUAAUUCAACUAAAAAUGCCGUUCCCAGCGGUGUUGGCAACAACUCUAUCAAUGACAAUAGCUAUAACAAAUAUCCAGAUUCCGCACAGCAUGGUGUUGCUAGUAAGAUGAGUGUACCGGUCCUAAAUAACAAUGCAAAGCUUUUGAAUCGACUUAAGAGUACAAGGCAUACAAGUCUCAGUGCACUUCCAGCAAAUCCAUCAAUGCCAUUUUCGGCUGUAGCGCCAACUCCUAGCCCCAUCGCUAAUACAGGUACAGGCAUUACCGCCCACUCUUCCACUGAUGAUUUAAACAGCGUCAAAUCUUUUGCCAGACAAAACCAAAGAGGCCCUGUCGAUUUACAGAGUGUCAAAUCGUUUUCAUCGGAGCCAAGAAGUCCAGAUAAACGAAUGUCAUUGGUAUCAUUAGCGAAGGGCAAUUCUGCAGUUGCACCAGUACCAUCAUCGAGAACUAAUACAGGGCCUCAACAACCACAACAACCCCAACUCCCGCAACUCCCGCAGCUACCGCAACAACCACAACAGUAUCCACAGCAACUGCCACAACCACAGCAGCAGCUAUCACGCAAGCCUUCAAUAUCCAAUUCAACUCUGAGGCACGUGUCAGCGUCCCACAUGGGGGUUCCAAGAGCUAAACCUGAGCCAACCGGAUUUAAGAGAAAGCUUCGCACUACUGCUUCCAAAAUUUUUGAUGCAAACGGCGCACCAUUAAGACGUUAUAGCGGAGUACCUGACGAUGUCAACUUGGAGGAUUACAUCGAACAGCAUCCGAGUCAAGAUACAAAACGAUUAGGUCAUGAUUUAGGUGGUAUUGAUGAUCAACAAAGUACAAUCCAGGAAGAAGCGGAAGCAGCAGCAGCAGCAGCAGCCGCUGCGGAAUAUGGCGGCGACGUCGAUGGAGACGAUAUCCAAUCCAUGUUCUUCUACAACCAUCAUGGUAAUUUAGAAGCACGUCCACAAAUAUCGGACUACGAAGAAGAUGGUGAAGAUUUGGAAAACAAUAACAACCCUAACAAUAAUAACGGCAGCCAUAACCACCAGAGUAACGGUAAUACCACAUAUUUGAACGCACCUUAUGGGGGAAACUUACCAUAUGCGAACGAGUAUACUCCGCUGAAGCCAAAAACACACCAUGCAAGAACUACAUUAGGCUAUUCACCUCACAAUUUUUACACAAGGAAAACAUCAUGGGCAAAAUUCAAGAGUUUCAUAUAUUUUUCGUGCGUUACCUGCAUGCUACUUACAGUAGGUUUCGUUCUCGGAUUCUUACUGGCUUCAAACAAAGAAUUGCAGGAUUUCAACAUCGUUUUAAUCGAUAACGUAUUAUCAAGCGCUGAUGAACUCAUAUUCGACGUUACCGUCAGCGCUCUAAACCCUGGUUUUCUCUCAAUUGAUGUUCAAAACGUGGAUCUGGACAUUUUUGCCAAAUCUUCUCACGUGCAAGAAGACGGAAUAAAAUACCGUGCUGGCAGCAGUACUAUAGGUGACGAUGACGAUGACGAUGACCCGCCAAACCAAAAGGAAACAGUCUUAUUGGGGACUGCAUACAUGUUAGAAACACCUUUAAGAUUUCACGGGAAUGUGCUAUUAAAAAGGGAUUAUGAUGUCGGUAUUUCUAGUAUAAAACUUUUGGAUCCCGGAGCCAAACAACAACAAGAGAGCGAUACACUUGCACUUUUAAGGUUAAAGCCAAAGCAGCUUGAAGAUGACGUUUCCAAAUGGAAAAACAUCAUAAAACACGACUACCAAUUGAUAGUCAGAGGCAAUAUGCGAUACAAAGUUCCCUAUGGUGGUGCUAAAUCAGUCCCAGUGCAAUCUCAUACAGAAGUUAAGGCCUCGCCCUAG